AUGUCAGGUUCUAGUCCCACUCCCAACCUGGACGAAGGCAUCAAAUUGAAGAAGGUUAAAAUGUUUGAUUGUACUAGUCAAGUGCCAGACUUGCCAGACUGCGUCUUAUCUUACAUCUUCACAAAGUUAUCCAUAAAAGAUUUAUUGAAAACUAGUAUACUCUCUAAGAGAUGGCGUAAUCUUUGGACUUUAAGGAGAGAUCUUUACUUUGAUGUCUUCAAUGUCCUUGAAAACACUGAGGAGGAGCUAAUACAAAAGGGGUAUCUUAUUGAUGUCCCUUUCCCUACUAUUUAUGGUUCUGCCAUGGAGAGAACGCUCAAUUGGGAUACUAGUGAUUUAUUUGUAAAACGAGUUGAUCAAUUUCUCAAGCAUUCUAAUGCCACAACUAUUGAUUCUUUCUUGGUCAACUUCUAUUUAGGUUCUCAACAACAAAGCACUAUUGAUGAAUGGAUAAGUUUUCUAAUUAAAAGAGGGAUUCAAAGAAUAGAUUUACUCUUUAGUGUAACUUCCCUUCCAUAUACACUUUCCACCUAUCUACGCAGACCUUGUCAAUUUCCCCUCCAUUUAUUCUCAGAGACUACGGCUUCAACUCUGAAGCAUCUGCGUCUUGAAUAUUGUCUUCUUUUCCAUCCAACUAAUUAUGACUUCACUUCAUUCAAAAACUUGAGUUUCCUUUCACUAAAAACGUUAAGAGCGGAUGCAUCUUUUAUUGAAAGUUUAUUAUCUAAUUGUAAACAACUUGAAGAGCUUCACUUAAUUGAAUGUGAUUUCGAAUCACCAAUACUAAAGAUAGUGAGUUCAUCCCUUUGUCAUCUCAAGGUAUCAUGCUUUUUCCGAUACAGCAUUUUAGGGAAGGAUGUAAGCCUGACUUUACUGGAUUGCCUUAAACUCACUUCAUUGGAGUACCGUCGACAGCGUGGAGAUCGCUUGGGUAACAUGAACUUUAAUACCCCUAUGUUGAACAACGUUCAGCUUGCUGUUAUUUAUAGUGGAGAACAUGUUGAUGCAUUUAGACUCUUGGCAACUCUUCCUAAACUUGAGAUUUUGCAAUUAGACUUUUAUUCAACGGUCCCAACUUUCGUAAAGAUAACUCAGCGACUCGAACAUCUCAAGGAGUUGAACUUGAUUCUUCACCGGCCAUUUGACACCCCCCAGAAAUUAGACUUUGAUCUUUCUGGGAUUUUAACCAUCCUACAAGCUUGUCCACUUUUGCAGGAACUUUCGGUCAUGCUCACAUAUCCUGAGACUAUGGAAAAUCAACAAGUUGCUAGUGAUGUGGAAGUGUUCUCUCACGACGAGGUCAAAGUUAUUGAAUUGAGAGGUUGUGUUGGCAAUUGGUAUGAAAUUGAGUUUGCUAUGAAUGUUAUCAAAUAUGCCAACAAACUUGAGCGAAUAGUUUUGAGUCCAUAUUGGAGAGAUAUUGUUGAAUCCUUGGAUUGGAGUUCUGAUCUUGCAUGGUUUCAAAAUGGGCGUCAAAGGAUUACUGAAAAAUUUCAAAGUGAAGAACUAGUUGGAAGAGAAAAAGUAGUGCUCAUAUAA